GUCAGGCCAGUGUGGUUUUCCUACCACUUAUCUGGUGGUGGCUCAUAAGACGCUGCACACUGCUACUGCUUCACUCUAGAGAAAAGUGGGUUCACGCAGCAAACAUCUGCAAAGAAGUGAAAGAGAGAACGAGCUGCACAGCUCAGGCACUGGACUGUGAGCGGCCCAGAAUAGCUCCCUGGGCCUUUAAAGGCGAGGCAGUAACGGGAUCUGCGCUGUCAGCCGGCGCUGCUGGAAAGAUUUACGUAACGCAGCCCCGCGCGCGCAGCGCAAGCCACGCCCUCCCACGCUCACGGGAAGUGAAAGCUGGAAGCGCGACCGAGGCACGGGCAGCGAAUGUCACACCUGGAACUAACGCUUCUGCUGAAACGAGGACUGCCGCGUAAUGGCUGCUCUCGGACUUGUCUUCUCUUUUUGCAUCUGGCUCCUGCUGAGUCGUCGCUCCUCCGCUAAAAACGACGCUCCCUGCCAGCUCUCCAAGUGGAACAACGGCUACGACACGUUCGUCAAGCGCCACCUCCCGUCCGGCACGCCCGGCUCCCUGGACCAGAACGACUGGGAGCGCUUCAUCCGCAACAAGGGCUGCAACAGGCCGACGCAGUCCUUCCUGCGCACGUCGGACCUGGAGCGCGUGAGGGACGUGUGCACGAGCCGAGGGGGGAAGGUGUACAAGGGCAACCUGUGCAUCAGCAGGCGGCCUUUCACCUUCGUGACCGUGAGGAGCGAAGUGGGAACCUGCGGGAUAAAGAGCGUCCGGGAGGAGACCAAGCAUCUGAUCCUGGCCUGUGAGCUGCUGUCCGGGCAGCAGGACCAGUGCCUGCCGGUCCACUUCGAGGGGAACCCCGAGGACGCGCAGCCCGACAACAACGCCAGAGGCUGCAGGGACCCACAGAACCACGCUCCCGGUCCCGAAACCACUCGCCUCUGGUUGUUGCCUCUGCUUGUUUUAGCUGUUAUUUAUGGGUAUUAACGUUUUUAUAAAGUCACAUAGAGCAUUUUACCUUUGUAUACUGACAUUUUUAUAACUUUUAAACAGUAUUUAAAAAAUGGCAGAAGAAUUUCCUUUUGUAAAUGUUUUAGUACAUGUUCUCAGUAUUUUUUGCUUGUGCUUGUUUACAUGAGUUGUUUUUUAUGCUUGAUCAGUGCUUUCACUUAUCGCAGUUUACUUUUGUUCAAAGUGCACAGAGACAUACAGCUCAAUAAACAGAACACAGAGUGCUGUUUACACUGCCCUAAA